GAAAUUGUGCUCAGGUGAUUGGCAUAAAGAGGGGAUUCACUUGGCUUCCUAUGUUUAUUUUUUUUAUAUAGGAAAACACCCGGGUGGCGCUUCCUAUGUUUAUAUGGUGGCUGUUCGCAUUUUCCUCUUCUAGUAAUGCGAAAGAGGAAUAAUUCCCUGAUAGUAGAACAUGACACGACCGUCACGACACUGCAAAAGGACUCCGUACAUCUUGCACCAAGCUUGAAGCACAACCACAAAUCAGCAACUAGCAAAGGAAGUGAUAACAACCUCGACAUAGACGAAAAAACGGGAAUGCGAACUGGUCAUUGGAGGCAUUCUUGGCUUUACAGAAUCAAGAAGCUAGCAGUGUGGUUGUUAGCCGUGUACAUAUGCAUUCCUUUCAUAGUAAAAAUGUGCCCAGCUAUUCAAGCCAAGCUGGUCUUCUUAAAUUUUGUGCGGCUACCAUAUUUCAUUGACUUGAAGAGGCCACAGGACCAAGGGUUGAACCACACAUGGAAUUUUUAUCUUAAACCUGAAGAGACAAUUACUAUUGGUGCUUGGCACACAGUACCUGCCAGUCUAUGGAAGGAAGCUCAGGGAAAGGACCAAAUGUGGUAUGAAGGGACUUUGGCAUUAGGCAAUCCUAUCAUUCUUUACUUCCAUGGCAAUGCAGGCACCAGGGGUGGGGAUCACAGGGUUCAGCUAUAUAAGGUCUUGAGCUCUCAAGGCUACCAUGUAGUUGCAUUUGAUUAUAGGGGAUGGGGAGACUCUGAAGGAACCCCGUCAGAGAGCGGAAUGACCACAGAUGCUGUCUACACUUAUAAAUGGUUGAAAGCAAGAAGUGGUAAGAGUUCAGUCUACAUCUGGGGCCAUUCGCUAGGAACAGGAGUUGCUACAAAUGUUGUACGGCAUCUAAGUGUGAAAGACACCCCUCCAGAUGCCUUAAUUCUGGAAUCUCCUUUCACUAACAUUCGGGAGGAAGCCAAAAGCCAUCCUUUUUCACUGGUCUAUAGAUACCUACCUGGCUUUGACUGGUUCUUCCUAGAUCCAAUCACUGAGAGUGGUAUCAUCUUCCCAAGUGAUGAGAAUGUGCAGCAUAUCACCUGUCCAUUGCUGAUUCUUCAUGCUGAAGAUGAUGCCGUCAUCCCCUUUCACCUGGGAAGAAAGCUUUUUGACAUUGCAUCUUCAAAGGGCAAUAGGAAAGUGCAGUUUGUUUCCUUCCACAAAGAUCUCGGCUACAGGCACAAGUAUAUAUACAAGAGCCCACAGCUUCCUCAUAUACUCAGGAAGUUCUUAAGUGACCCAAAUAUGCAUCAGUAAUGAAGUGGACCACAGAGAUUAGUUGCAUCUUUGGAGCGCAUGAAGACUUCAAUUUAUGUCACUCAAAACGUGCAUGACUUCCAUUGAUUUGCAUUCCACAAACCUUAUUCAUCUGAACACAAAACAAAAAUGAUGCUGCUUGGGUUCUUUUCCCCACAGAUGAGGGAGCUCAGUCAACAACACAGCCAAAGAGUGAAAUGAAAGAACUAUUGAGAAUUUGGUUCUUGUUAUAUUAAAAAAAAAUGAAGCAUACAAUUUUUCAUGACCACAAUGAUGAACUUCCUUGAGUGAAAUAUGGUUAAGAUUUUAAAGUGAAAAAUUAAAUGAUGGAUAAUCAUUAAUUUCAAAAUAUGAUUCUGAAUCAGCGCACUCAAUUUGUUUCUGAAUCAUGGAUAAUUAUUCCAACUGAAGUACUUUUGCUUUUGAGCGUUUCAACCUAUUCAUUUUUUUAAACCCCAUUGUGUUGCAUGUACUAAUGGACAUGCUUUUUCAGUUUUAUUCUGCCUAAAGGUUUUAAGAUGAAAUGCUGCUCAUAACAUAUAAUAACUCACCUACACUUGGUGCAAGGAUUUUUUAAGAUUCAUACGUUUAGCUCAGAUGGGUCUGUUACAGUAUCUAACAAAGUAUUUCAAGUAGAUGAUGGUGACUGUAUCCAAUGACAUUGUCUAGAAAUAUUAAAUAGUUUAUUUUAUACCCUA